AUGCGACCCUCUCGCGGAGUGUAUUGCGUCAUGGGCCCUGCCUUGCGCCCAACGUCUAUCCAGCGAUUUAGUCAGAACUUCAUCCUCUCACAUCGCAACUAUUCUCUCCAACACAAAUCACUCUUCACCAGAAACAACACUCACAGAACAAAUCCCUUCCAAAUAGGAACAACACGAACAAUGUCCUCCGACGACGCCUAUCUCUCCUUCCUCGAAAAAGCCAACUCCGACCUCUCCACAGGCCAACAAUCUACACAGACACAAAGAACAGAAACACAGACCGUCCACGCUAACGCAGAGAUCCCCGCGAGCUUACAGUCAAUCGACGCAUUCUAUAUUUCUGAGACAGAUGAGCCGUUUGAGCCUGUUGUGCUGGGAUUCGAGGGAGCAGGGAACGGGGAGUGGCCUGGAUCUUCGCAAUUAUCAUCACUGAUCGCUCCUGAUAACGACCUUUCGCAUAAUAUUACAACGCUAUCAGCCUCAUCCUUCGAUCCACGGAAUCAAUACCGCAGUGUGUUCAAGGCAGUUCGCGCGGCGGCUUCCGGGCCAGACGAGGAUGUGGAGGUGAAGGUAUACCGGGUGGAGGUUGGGUCGUCGCGGGUGGAAUACUUUGUGUUGGGGUUGGAUACUGAGAAGGGGAGGGUUGUUGGGUUGAAGACGAGGGCUAUUGAGACUUAG